AAUCCAUUAUCCUCCACAAUCCAAGGAAACAAACUUUGUAAGUGUUUUUUUGAAAGAAAUCAACAAAAUCCGAAUUCAUGGAAAUGGAAAACGCUGUAGCGAAACAGAGUGUACCUCUUCUCACUCCCUAUAAGAUGGGAAGAUUCAAUCUUUCUCAUAGGGUUGUUCUGGCACCAUUGACGAGACAGAGAUCGUACGGUAACGUUCCUCAGCCUCACGCUGCUAUUUAUUACUCUCAGAGAACGACUCCAGGAGGUUUUCUCAUCACUGAAGCUACCGGAGUUUCAGAUACUGCUCAAGGAUAUCAAGAUACUCCUGGGAUAUGGACUAAAGAGCAUGUGGAGGCAUGGAAGCCAAUCGUGGAUGCUGUUCAUGCCAAAGGUGGUGUCUUCUUCUGUCAGAUCUGGCAUGUUGGCCGUGUUUCUAAUCGUGGGUUUCAGCCAAAUGGACAAGCUCCUAUCUCUUGCUCGGAUAAGCCACUGAUGCCUCAAAUCCGCUCUAAUGGCAUCGACGAAGCCAUGUUUACCCCUCCAAGACGGCUGAGCAUCGAAGAAAUCCCCGGCAUUGUCAACGAUUUCAGGCUUGCAGCAAGAAAUGCUAUGGAAGCUGGCUUUGAUGGAGUUGAGAUUCAUGGAGCUAAUGGCUAUUUGAUUGACCAGUUCAUGAAGGAUACAGUGAAUGAUAGGACUGAUGAGUACGGUGGAUCAUUGGAAAAACGUUGCAAAUUUGCUUUAGAAAUAGUUGAUGCAGUGGCCAAGGAGAUCGGACCAGACCGUGUUGGUAUUAGGCUCUCUCCAUUUGCUGACUACAUGGAAUCCGCAGACACUAAUCCAGGAGCAUUGGGGCUUUACAUGGCGGAAUCUCUCAACAAAUACGGUAUCCUCUACUGUCAUGUGAUUGAGGCCAGAAUGAAAACAAUGGGAGAAGUACAUGCAUGUCCUCACACGUUAAUGCCGAUGAGGAAAGCCUUUAAGGGGACUUUCAUAUCUGCUGGAGGUUUCACUAGGGAAGACGGGAAUGAAGCCGUGUCAAAGGGAAGAACCGAUCUCGUGGCUUAUGGUCGAUGGUUUCUGGCCAACCCUGAUCUGCCAAAGAGGUUUCAAGUGGAUGCACCGCUCAAUAAAUACGAUAGACCAACGUUUUACACUUCCGAUCCUGUCGUGGGUUACACAGAUUACCCUUUUCUCGAAUCAACAGCUUAGAAUUGUUAUCAACAAUGUUGUGUGCUUCCUCUUUUUCUUGUAAUAAGUUUCUGGCAUUUCUUUAUGCUUGAAGUCAUUAUAGCUUUACAAUAAUUUUCACGGCCACUUAUCACAGAAGAGCUUUCAUAUGUGCUUUCAACA